CAAAGUUCAUUUAUAAGUGAUCUGUCAUCUUCCGCUGCAACAGGUGAGCGACUUUCCCAUUUCUCCAGACGUCCUCGCACUUCUCAAAAGUUCUGGGCGAGCUUUAAUCAUGGCCACGAACCUUCAAGAAAACAUAUAUGAACAAAUCGACGAGAGGACCGAAAACAUAUACGAGAAGCCGUAUGUUGACAUUAAGAGUACUAACACAGAGCCGAAAUAUGAGAAUCAAGGCGCGCGUGAGGAACCGAUCUACAGCAUGGUCAACCAACCCUCUCCAGACUACAUGAACACGAGAGACUCAACUGAAGAAGAAGAAGCUCAGCUUUCACCCUCCAGUGAACGAGGAGAGCUGAUCGAAAGCGAGCUGAUGGUGGCGUCUCUGCAGAAUGGAGACGGAUACGGGUCCGGAAGGUCUUCAUCUUUAGGGGGAAUUGGAGACCCUUGUGAUGACCAGCCCUCACUGGUCAACGAAGACCUGCUCAUGGCGUACAGUCUCCCAGAAGACGAAUCUCCAGAACCGGAGGAGGUGGUUGACUACAGCCUGAAGACUGUGGAGAACAGCGGCGUGCAGCAGGAGACCACUGAGGUUCCCGACCCGAACCAGCCUGGAAUUGCGCUUUUCGUCAAGGCUGGUUGUGAUGGCGAGAGCAUCGGAAACUGUCCGUUCUCCCAACGCCUCUUCAUGAUCCUCUGGCUCAAAGGUGUAGUCUUCAACGUCACCACCGUCGACCUCAAGAGGAAACCAGCUGAUUUGCACAAUUUGGCUCCAGGCACUCACCCUCCUUUCCUGACCUAUAACGGUGAGCUGAAGACAGACAUUAACAAGAUCGAGGAGUUCCUGGAGGAGGUUUUGGCACCACCGAAGUACCCCAAACUUGCAGCCAGGCACAGGGAGUCAAACACAGCUGGGAAUAACAUAUUUGCAAAGUUCUCAGCUUUCAUUAAAAACACAAAGCCAGAUGCGAAUGAAGCUCUGGAGAAGGGUUUGACAAAGGCACUCAAGAAGCUGGACGACUACCUGAACAGUCCCUUGCCUGAUGAGGUAGAUGCCGACAGCAUGGAGGAGGAGAAGGCCUCCAACCGCAAGUUCCUGGAUGGGAACGAUCUGACUCUGGCAGACUGCAACCUGCUGCCAAAGCUCCACAUAGUGAAGGUGGUUGCCAAGAAAUAUCGUAACUAUGACAUUCCCAGCGAUUUGACAGGAGUGUGGCGUUAUCUGAACAGUGCGUAUGCACAAGAAGAGUUCAUCAACACGCGAGCCGCAGACAGCGAGAUCGAGUUGGCAUAUCAGGACGUGGCUAAGAGGCUAGCCAAGUAAACUGAUGAAUAAAUUCGACACAACCAGACCUGGGGAUGUUUUCUUGAGGAAGAGUUGAUGUUUUCCAUGUAAUUCGAAACUAUUGAUCCCCAACUACAAGUUAGUAGUUUUUCAUCCAGGGCUCUGGUAAUCAAUCAUCCUUUGUUCUCUGAUAUACAGUAAUUAUGAACACCUCAUUUGCCUGAGUUCAGUGACUCAAAUGUGAAUCCAAAAUAUCCUCC